AUGAAGAAUGCAGACGUGCCUUCGGUUUCUGAUGCGGAGGAAGGCGGCACUGCUUCGCUAGACCAGUUUGUUAGGCAUGAUGGACCAGUUUUCCGUGGUAAUUAUAAAAUGAAUUUAGCACCUUGUUGUGCGCCUAUCCGUUUUCCACGGGAAGAAAGCCUGCGCUCACUGUACGGGAGUUUUGAUUCGAAGGACUUAGCAGACCUUUGCAUGCGCUUGCCGAUAAGGGACGUUCUCACUCAAUUCUCCAACCUCCCCCCCAAUGCACCUAAAGAAAAACUUGAAGCACUCGCUAGAGACUGCUUUUAUGACGGCUUUCCGGAUGUCGUUGAAUGGGUUCCCCCUGAUAUCCCCAAAUCGACGCUCAGCUGGUUGAAGAACAGCCGCCAGGAUGCCGCCCAUCAGGCAACAGAGCUUAGGGGUAACAUUCCACAAAUCGAGCAAACAUGCAAGGAAGAAUUUUUGGGCAAUAUGCUGGCUCUGUGGGCCGCCUUGGGAAGAAAGACGGAGUGUACAUACACCCCUGCAGUGCUGAAUUCGAGGGAAGAACAACCACAAACGGAGCAGCCGCAACGGCAGCCGAUUAUAUCCUCUCUGAUCCCCUUGCCUUUCGGCUUCAUAAUCCCUGGAGGGAGAUUCAGAGAGAUGUACUAUUGGGACUCGUACUGGACGAUCCGAGGCCUCUUGUACAGUGGAAUGCGCACCACUGCUCGAGGGAUGAUCCUGAAUUUCUCAGACUUGAUCAAAAGGUUUGGAUUCAUCCCCAAUGGCACGCGUUCUUACUAUCUAACACGAAGUCAGCCUCCAGUGUUCAGCAUGAUGAUCGCCGCUUACUACUCCUUUACUGGAGACACUCAGUUCAUAAGAGAGACGUAUUCGGACAUGGAGCAAGAAUACUUGUACUGGAUAGAGGAUCCCAACAGAAAGCUCUGCGGCGUUGAGGGCAGCACCCUGUGCUUGAGUCGUUACUUGGGACAUAUAGCGCUGCCUCGCACGGAGUCUUGGCUAUGCGACGUGAAGGCAGCCUCUCAUAUAGAUCAAGAAGACACGUCGGCGUCCAUAUCACGCUUGUUUAGGAGCAUCAGAGCGGCAGCUGAGUCGGGCUGGGACUUCUCCUCGCGUUGGGUUUCUGACUCCGCUGACUUAGCGGACGGCGGUGUGAUGGAGCAGCUGAACACUGAAGCCUUUAUACCUGUGGAUCUGAACAGGCCCCCCGGGGAACGGACGGAGGGUGAGAGACACGUAGGCGAGUGUUUAGAAGGAUAG